UUGUUGUAUAAAUAGUACACACGUACAUGUGGAUGGAAAGACGUCACCGUUGUCGUUCAUGGUGUCAAUUUGAAGGCAGGAAGGAGUUAAAAUUUGCUGCUCUGUGGAGUAGGAGGUUCACGGAGGAGGAAGAGGAGGAGGAGGGAGCCCUUUUUCUAUUGAUAGUCAUCUUCACUCGGACUUUGCUUUAGUCGGGACCACGCGUGCAAACCUGGAGGAAAGAAAAGGAAGAUGACACCGAGAUGAAGAACCACACACUUCAGUCCUGCUCUGUGAUUGGCUGAUGAAGAUGGCUCACCUCUUCCUGGCCAGCAAGACGGUCCCGCCAGAAGACGGCAACCUGGCGUCUUUCUCCUACGAGAAGCUUAGCUCGGUCGGUAAGGAUGGCGAUGCUGUUGUCACGGCGACUUGGGUCCCGCAUAUCAACGAGGCGCAGCUCCUGAGCGCCGCCACGGGGGGCGCCGAGAUGUCCUGCUACCGCUGCACGGUCCCUUUCGGGUUGGUGAUUCUCAUCGCCGGGGUGGUAGUGACAGGGGUGGCCUACACCUUCAACUCCCACGGGUCCACCAUCUCCGUCUUGGGGCUGGUGCUCCUAGGGGCCGGACUGGGCCUGCUGGCGGCUAGCGUUGCCUGCUGGAAGCUCCGAAAACGCGGGAAGAGGGACCAAAGGAGGAGGGAGAGCCAGGCCGACCUCGUGGUCGGCCAAGGGUACGAAGACGCUGCCAGGCUUGGCUUCGGGGCUGAAAAAUGAUUUGCAAUGAGGAGUUCUUCAGAGACCAUUUUUUCAAGGACCUCCUCAUAAUCCGAUUCCAAUUAAUCAGAACUACUCCCUAAAUGCCUUAGGAAUUCAAGUUCUUUAUUUUCCAGGAAAUCAACAAAUGUAUUCUUGCCUGAGUUUUUUUGUUGAUGACAAACUUAUGAAUGUAUUUGCAUUAUAUAUUUUUUUUCCUGCAAGAUAUCAAUUUAUCAGGCAAUUUAAUAAUUUUUAUGUCGCUUAGAGGUUAUGCUUAAUUCAUUGUCUGACACUGAUGGUCCAUUUGAACUUGGGCGGGUGGCAGUCUCAGUUCAAGUGGUUUGAACGUCUAUCGUUGUCAAUAGCAGUUAACUGGACGCAGUAAGUUUGUGAAUCUGAAUAGUAAGAAGCUUGAUUCUACAUCGGAUGGAAAUUUGGCAAGAAGAUCGGAAACUGAAGGACUUGGACCAACUGUAAAUAGACUCGUCUUCUGGAUUGGUCAUCAAGUCUCAACUCGUAAGUGUGACCAAUCAGAUAAAUCGUCAGUCCAACCCAGGGAUGGGAAAUUAAAUUUAAAAAAUGAAGAAUAUAUGAUUGCUGCUAAAAUGCGCAAGAAAUGGUACUUUGUAUGCUACUUUUUGACAAACGGGACUAAAAAUGAGCAAUUCCACUUAAAACGGAUACACACAACUUUGUUGUGAUUUUUUAAUGUUGUUUCAGUACUGAGUUGCACCACACUGCCUCUCACUGGUCAAUCUCAGUACUUACACCAGAAAAUUAGUAAAAGCUUUUGUGUGUACCUGUUUUAGGAGGAACUUUAAUUCUUUGUCCUGCACUUGGGAUUCAAAAUUUGUUUUAUAUAAACGCACAAAUACCAGCAAAAUACUAAACAUUCUUGUCAAAUGUUUAUGACUAUUAAUAAUCCUAGU